AUGACGGACGCGCACAGGAUAGCUACCUGGUACGAUCAGAAUGCAGCGCUGGAGCAUGAACGCCUCACUAGUUGCCGACUUGAGUUCUCAAUUUCUUGGAGAAUUAUCACUCAGUAUCUGGAUCAACUGGGUAGGGACAGAGCACUAGAAAUCCUGGAUCUUGGUGGCGGAACUGGUCGAUAUGCUUUGCCACUAGCCAGGCUAGGCCACUCGGUCACACUCGUGGAUAUUUCGGACCGGGAGCUCAAGAUAGCCCACAGUACGGCUGAAGAAGCGCAAGUCAAACUGACUUCUAUUGUCAAAGCCGACGCGAGAGACAUCCGGUCCAAUCCUGUCAUCUUCCAGGAACAAAAAUACGACCUGGUAUUAUGCCAAGGUCCGCUUUAUCAUCUUCUUGAGGAAAAUGAGCGCCGGGCCGUUCUGUCAGCAUGUGCUGCAGCUCUGAAACCUAGUGGGAUUAUUCUAGCUGCAUUUAUGCUCCAAUAUGCUCACUUGCGAGAUCUUGCACAGCGAGACCCUAUGCGUCUCGUAAGGGAAUAUGAUUCCUUUUACGCAAACUAUCUUGCUGAGGGAACAUAUACUCGAAAUCAGCUUAUAUCCUCCUACCACUCAGAUCCGGAAAAAGUGAGGGCCUUAUUCAUGACAAUCCCCGAGCUCGAGCUGGAGAGAUUAGUGUCUUGUGAAGGUUUCCUAGGAGGUGGAUUAGCUUCCAAAAUUAGUGAACUGCCGCAUGACGCUUACGAGCGGUGGGUAGAUGUUGUGCUUCGUUUCGCCGAGGACCAGAAUAUUCUGGGAAAUGCAGACCAUUUGUUGGCAGUUGCUAGACGGAAGAUUUGA